AUGGGGAUAUGGUUGAAUCGAUCAUCUAUAGAUGGCUUCACCCUCUUGGGCAUCUUUUCCCGUAGCCAGACUGGUGUUGUCCUCUUCUCUGUGGUUAUGGUAGUCUUCACUGUGGCCCUCUGUGGGAAUGUCCUCCUCAUCUUCCUCAUCUACAUAGAUCCUUGGCUUCACACACCCAUGUACUUCUUCCUCAGUCAGCUCUCCCUUAUGGAUCUUAUUUUGAUCUGUAAUAUCAUGCCAAAGAUGGCGGUCAACUUUCUCUCUGGCAGGAAGUCCAUCUCCUUUGUUGGUUGUGGCAUACAAAUUGGUUUUUUUGUCUCUCUUGUGGGAUCUGAGGGAAUUUUGCUGGGACUCAUGGCCCAUGAUUGUUAUGUGGCAAUCAGCCACUCACUUCACUAUCCUGUCCUCAUGAGUCAGAGAGUCUGUCUCCAGAUUUCUGGGAGUUCCUGGGCCUUUGGGAUACUAGAUGGAAUUAUCCAGAUGGUGGCAGCCAUGAGCUUACCUUACUGUGGUUCAAGGAAUGUGGAUUACUUCUUCUGUGAGGUACCAGCUUUAUUAAAACUGGCCUGUAUGGACACAACCCUUUUUGACACUCUGCUCUUUGUCUGUGUCUUCAUGCUGCUCCUUCCCUUUUCCAUCAUAGUGGCCUCCUAUGCUCACAGCCUGAGGGCUGUGCUCCUCAUGCACUCUGCUCAGGCCCGUAAAAAGGCCCUGACCACCUGUUCCUCCCACCUAGCAGCUGUCUCCCUCUUCUACAGGGCAGCCAUGUUCAUCUACCUGAGGUCUCAGCGCUACUGGGCCCCUAGUCAUGACAAGGUUGUCUCUAUCUUCUACACGGUCCUUACUUCUAUGCUCAACCCCCUCAUUUAUAGCUUGAGGAAUCGGGACGUGAUGGAAGCCCUGAGGAAAGGUCUGAACCAUUGCAGGAUUGGCAGCCAGCACUGA